UCGCGCCAUCCACGUCAACAUUUGACUGUCUACCACGACGUGUGUAGUACCUACUCCGUUGCAACAACCAGUCGGUCUCCGCUGCACAGCAUCCAACAUGGCUCGUCUCCUGCUCCUCGCGACCUUGGCAGUUCUGUCCACACUGGCAUCGUGCAAUACUGACUGUUACACCAAGCAGGAUGGAACAGCAGUCUACAGUGGUACAAAAUCUGAAACCACUAGCGGAAAAACAUGUCAGUCCUGGUCAAGCAAUUCCCCGAACAAUCAUGGCUAUGACGGCGCGAGCUUCGACAUCACCAACGGUGCACCAGACCUCGGCUACCAAGGCGCCGCCAACUACUGUCGGGACCCUUCUGGAGGCGCCCUCCAGCCAUCCGGGUAUCUGUGGUGCUACACUGCCGAUGCGCCAGGAUGGGGGCCUUGCAGUGUUCGAAAGUGUCCACAAGUGUAAAAUCUUGAAUAUUCAAACAAGAUUUAGAUCGUGAAUUUUGAUCAUCAAAAGAAUAUCGUGAUUCGUGUUUCAAUAAUAAAUAUACAUUGAAAA